CAUAGAUGUUAGAGAAAGAGAAGAACCCACAACUUACAGACCAAUUUCUGGGAGCCAGGGUUUUACGCCUUGGUUCCCGCCCAAAGGAGCAUUUUCGGUUUGCCUACCCACGCUUCUUCUUCAUCACUUCCCGACUAUUUUUCCACCUCUCCUGGUCUGCAACAGUGGAAAGCGAUCUUCGUAGAAAAAGAUAUGGGGUGAAAAUUGAUCACUAUGAGAUUCUGGGGUUACCGUCAGGGGAAGAGCGUGCAAAGCUCACUGAGAGAGAGAUCUCAAAGGCUUACAAAACUAAAGCUCUUGAAAUCCACCCAGACAAACGUCCAAAUGACCUUAAUGCUCACUCGGAAUUUCAAAAGCUCAAGUCAUCCUAUGGCAUUCUUAAAGAUGAUAAAACUCGAAAGCUAUUUGAUGAUCUUCUACGCAUCAGACUUGUGCAACGUUGUAAACUUCGCAAGCUAAUGUCUGAUCUUGAAGAGCUGAAGAGAGAUCUGUUUUUGCUCAAGAUCUUGUUGCAACAUGCGAAAACACUAGAAGAAAUAGAGAUGAUUGUGAAGAAAAUUAAAGAUGAACAAGCUCGAAAGCAAUUUGAUGAUCUUCUCCGCAUCAAACAUGAGGAGAGUCAUCUCCGAUCACAAUAUGAUGCUAAAUAUCGCAAGAUAGUGUCUGAUAUUGAAAAGGUACAGAGCAAGGUGAUUUUGCUCCAGAAUCUGGUGGGACUUAAGAAAGCCCUAGAAGAAAUAGAGAGGAUUGUGAAGAGAGUUAAAGAAGAAAAUGCCAGAAUUCGUGGUAUGUAUGCUUAGAACACCACAGCUCCAGCAACAGCUUUGAAGGUUGGAACAGUUGGAAAGAGGGCAGAGAAUGUUGGGGGUAGUGAAAGCAUGAACAAGGAGAAGGUGUUGAAGGUUUCUUGGGUGAGUAAAUAUUUUUUGGAGAUGUUGUCAUUCUGUCAAAGGGAUCAAAGAAGAGAAGGUCUGAUCUGGUUAUUAUGGCAUCUAAAGAUGCUGUGGUGUGUUUACCACAGAUUACAAUAGUGUGUUUAGUUUAGAUCUGAUAUUAAUUUCUGUACGGAUGGAAAUUUUUGGUGCUGGUUAUUUGGCAUUCAAGAAUUCCAUUUAGGAGAAGCUUCAAAAGGUUUGAACUUUUAUGAUUGCAAGAGACAUUCCUAUUU